UAAUGUUUGAGUCUAAUACGCGCAACUAAGGAACCUUGACAAUCUAUUAGUAAUGAUAACAUUAUAAAGGCAGCACACAUCGCCAGUGACUUUUUAAGCUUCGCGCGCUACACGCGGCCUCAGUGUGUUGCUGAACAUUGACAAGUGUUGCGUUUUUUAACAUGGCUCCCUCUAGAGACAACGAGAUCAAAUCUUCAGCUUUGGAACUGAUCGGGAACACACCUAUAGUAGCUUUGGAUCGUUUAUAUCCCGGCCCUGGACGUAUCUUAGCGAAAUGCGAAUUUAUGAACCCCGGGGGUUCUAUCAAAUGCCGAUCCGCGUUGUACAUGAUACAAAAUGCUAGGAAGAAUGGUGAUUUGAAGCCUGGGAGCCCAGUUGUUGAAGUGACAUCAGGGAAUCAAGGAACUGGUCUAGCUGUUGUGUGUUCAGUGCUUGGGCAUCCCCUGACUCUUACUAUGUCUAAAGGGAACAGCGUGCAACGAGCUAUACAUAUGGAGGCGCUUGGUGCGAAAUGCGUCCGAGUUCCUCAAGUUGAAGGUAGUUACGGAAAAGUCACUUUAGCUGAUGUGGAAGCGGCGGAGAAAGAAGGGUUAAGGUUAGUUGAAGAAACCGGAUCAUUCCUCGUUAAUCAGUUCCAUAAUGAUGCCAAUGUUAGUUCGCAUUACGAAUCAACAGGCCCCGAGAUUUGGAGGCAGACUGGAGGGCAUGUAGACGCUUUUGUAGCCACCGUUGGUACGGCUGGAACGUUCACGGGUGUUUCUAAGUAUCUGAAGGAGAAGAAUCCAGAGGUGGUGACUUAUGUCGUGGAGCCAGAAGGUGCUGAGCCGAUAGCCGGAAAGACUAUCACGAAGCCGUGUCAUCUGCUGCAAGGAUCAGGGUAUGGGGCUGUUCCUGGGUUAUUCGAGUUUGAGUACAUGGAUGGCACUACGAGUGUGUCUGAUGAGGAGGCUACGCAUUAUAAGAAGCUGCUUGGAGAGAAGGAAGGUUUAUAUGUUGGUUACACUAGUGGGGCGAAUGUGGCCGCCGCGGUGAAGUUGCUCAGCUCAGGGAAACUGCCUAAGGAUGCGUGGGUGGUCACCAUGCUGAAUGAUACGGGGUUGAAAUACACUCCUGUCCCGGAGGAGUUGACAAAGUGAAUGUGUUGUGAGAAAACAUUUAAUGGUUACGA